AUGGGGAACAACCAGGUUUUUGCGGUUACUGUCUUUUUUAUCUGUUUUCGAGAAUGCCUGGAAACAACAGUGGUUGUGUCCGUACUCCUGGCAUUCCUGAAGCAGUCACUAUACGACGAUGACCGAGCGACAUACAAACGAUUAGUUAAACAGGUCUGGCUGGGGAGCGGUUUAGGUCUGUUCAUCUGUCUUGCUGUCGGCGCAGGCAUGAUUGGCGCGUUCUACGGCCUCGGAACGGACACCUUUUCUAGCACCGAGGACAUCUGGGAAGGCGUUUUAGGCAUUGUCGCAUCUAUAAUCAUUACGAUAAUGGGGGCUGCUCUCCUACGCGUGUCCAAGCUUCAAGACAAGUGGCGUGUCAAACUCGCACAGGCUCUCGCACAUGAGAAAAAUCCCAAUGAGACCAAGAAGGGCCGUGUCAAGAGAUGGUUGGAGAAAUAUGUCAUGUUUAUCUUGCCAUUCGUUACUGUCCUUCGUGAAGGUCUUGAAGCUGUCGUCUAUAUAGGUGGUGUCGGGUUAGGACUUCCCGCGACUUCUUUCCCAUUAGCCGUUUUCUGUGGGCUCUUGGCCGGUAUUGCUGUCGGUUAUAUUAUCUAUCGUGGUGGACGGGAAACGUCGAUGCAAAUCUUUUUGAUUAUCUCUACAUGCUUCCUCUACCUCGUGGCUGGCGGCCUGUUUUCACGUGGUGUCUGGUAUUUCGAAAACAAUGCGUGGAACAAUAUCAUCGGUGGUGAUGCAUCGGAAACUGGCUCCGGGCCAGGAUCAUACGACAUUCGCAAGAGUGUUUGGCAUGUGAACUGCUGCAAUCCGGAGCUUGGAGGUGGCGGUGGUUGGGGUAUCUUCAACGCGCUUCUCGGUUGGACUAAUUCGGCUGACUAUGGCUCGGUGAUCUCUUAUAAUCUGUACUGGAUCUGUGUCAUGAUUGGUUAUGCGCUGAUGUUUUACCGUGAGAAGCGAGGGUUCAUUCCUGUCGUCGAUCCAGCUAUCAAUAGCGUUGCCAGAACGAAAGCCAAAGCUAGAGCAUUUAUCCUGCGCCGUCCCUACACGGACCCUGUGGAACCAGUCCAGCCAACAGUUCCUGAAAAGAGUGCGCACACUGACCUCAUGGCUGUUCAACAGUAA